AUGUACCACAUAUGUGCAUGUAUAUCGUAUUGUAUCCUAUAUCUUUCUCUCUUCACAUCGAUCGAUCGAUCUAUCCUUGUCUCUUCACAUCUAUCUAUCUAUCUAUCUAUCUAUCUAUCUAUCUAUCUAUCCUUGUCUUUUCACAUUUAUCAUGCUAUCUAUCUAUCCUUGUCUUUUCACAUUUAUCAUGCUAUCUAUCUAUCCUUGUCUUUUCACAUUUAUCAUGCUAUCUAUCUAUCCUUGUCUUUUCACAUUUAUCAUGCUAUCUAUCUAUCCUUGUCUUUUCACAUUUAUCAUGCUAUCUAUCUAUCCUUGUCUUUUCACAUUUAUCAUGCUAUCUAUCUUCAUCCUUGUCUUUUUAACAUUUAUCAUGCUAUCUAUCUAUCCUUGUCUUUCACAUUUAUCAUGCUAUCUAUCUAUCCUUGUCUUUUCAUUUAUCAUGCUAUCUAUCUAUCCUUGUCUUUUCACAUUUAUCAUGCUAUCUAUCUAUCCUUGUCUUUUCACAUUUAUCAUGCUAUCUAUCUAUCCUUGUCUUUUCACAUUUAUCAUGCUAUCUAUCUAUCCUUGUCUUUUCACAUUUAUCAUGCUAUCUAUCUAUCCUUGUCUUUUCACAUUUAUCAUGCUAUCUAUCUAUCUAUCCUUGUCUUUCACAUUUAUCAUGCUAUCUAUCUAUCCUUGUCUUUUCACAUUUAUCAUGCUAUCUAUCUAUCCUUGUCUUUUCACAUUUAUCAUGCUAUCUAUCUAUCGUUGUCUUUUCACAUUUAUCAUGCUAUCUAUCGUUGUCUUUUCACAUUUAUCAUGCUAUCUAUCGUUGUCUUUUCACAUUUAUCAUGCUAUCUAUCGUUGUCUUUUCACAUUUAUCAUGCUAUCUAUCGUUGUCUUUUCACAUUUAUCAUGCUAUCUAUCGUUGUCUUUUCACAUUUAUCAUGCUAUCUAUCGUUGUCUUUUCACAUUUAUCAUGCUAUCUAUCGUUGUCUUUUCACAUUUAUCAUGCUAUCUAUCGUUGUCUUUUCACAUUUAUCAUGCUAUCUAUCGUUGUCUUUUCACAUUUAUCAUGCUAUCUAUCUAUCUAUCGUUGUCUUUUCACAUUUAUCAUGCUAUCUAUCCUUAUCUUUUCUUUCUAUCAUUCAUCAUUCUAUCUAUCCUUGUCUUUUCACAUCUAUCAUGCUAUCUAUCUAUCCUUGUCUUUUCACAUCUAUCAUGCUAUCUAUCUAUCCUUGUCUUUUCACAUCUAUCAUGCUAUCUAUCUAUCUAUCCUUGUCUUUUCACAUCUAUCAUGCUAUCUAUCUAUCUAUCCUUGUCUUUUCACAUCUAUCAUGCUAUCUAUCUAUCUAUCUAUCUAUCUAUCUAUCUAUCUAUCCUUGUCUUUUCACAUCUAUCUUGAUAUCAUUGUCGCUUCAUUAUCUAUCUAUCCAUCCUUCUAACCAUGUCUUUUCUCAUCUAUCAUUGUCUCUAUCUAUCUAUCUAUCUAUCUAUCUAUCUAUCUAUCUAUCUAUCUAUCUAUCCUUGUCUCUUUACGUCUAUAAUUGCUUAUUUUAUCUCAUUCUUGUGCAUUGGCUGUUCAUAUAA